AUGAAAAUUAAUGCAUCAUACAGAGACAAUGUUGGUGAUCGUUUAAGAUCCUUAGAAUAUGAUGAGGAAUUUUUCAAUUCGCUAACUUUUCGACAACGUGAUGGUUUAAUUAUGAUAAAAACUACAUUUGAGGAGAAGCCAACUGAUUACUGGGUAAUAAAACAUUAUAAGUGUUCAAAUAUUGAAAAUGUUCCAGUUAAGGAUAGGUGGAAGUUUAGUGAAGCUGGUGUUAAGUUGUAUACGAACGAGAAGUCAAAAGACCAGAUAUUGAAUGUAAGUUUGAAUCAAACCAUGCAAUCAAUAUUUGACUCAAUGCUACAAGACCCAGGACGUCGUACAAUCAAAAGUAAAAUAAUAGGCUAA